CCCUCUAGUUUCCACGCAGGAACGGCCCUGCGUGUUUUUCUGCCGAGGUGAAGUGCACCGUGCGUUUCUCCCACACGCCUGGAAAUGGAUCUGAAGCUUUGAGAACAUCUCGGGAUCCAGUCUCUUCAGUGUUGUUCUUCACAUCAUCCUCGCCAGCAGCAGCAUCAUCAUCCUCCCGGAGAAGAUGGGCUGCUGCUCCGCCAGAUGCAUGCUGGUCCUCCUUUGCUGUCUGCAGCUGAUGACAGCUGUGGAGAGGCAGGUGUUCGACUUCCUCGGUUACCAGUGGGCUCCCAUCAUGAUCAACUUCUUCCACAUCAUCGUGGUCAUCCUGGGCCUGUUCGGCACAGUCCAGUACCGACCACGAUACGUCAUCGUGUACCUGCUCUGGACGCUGUUGUGGAUCGGCUGGAAUGUCUUUGUGAGCUGCCUCUACUUGGAUCUGGGAGGACUUUCAAAGGACAGCGACAUCCUGACCCUCGGCGUGUCGUCACAUCGCUCCUGGUGGAAGGACAACGGGCCGGGCUGCGAGCGCGAGGGCCUUCCCUCGGCCGGGUGGGACAACCAGCAGAACCCUGAGCUGACCACGGUGCUGAGCUGCUGGCUGGAGUACCAGUACAUAGAAAUCCUGCACUGCAUCGUCCAGCUGCUCACAUCACUCUUGGGAUUUGUUUACGGCUGCUAUGUCGUCAGCACUUUUUCAGAAGAGGAAGACAGUUUUAAUUUCAAUGCUGAUUUUCAUCAUCCAUCCAAACCCCCUCACUUGUUCUUCUAGUAAAGACUGGACUUGAUGGAUUAUAAAUAACCUCUAAAGAAAGACGUUGGGAAAAGCAGCAAAGGAACGAGUCAGAAGAUGAAACAACUUUGAAGACUCAUCGUGCAUCAGCUUCAGUCUGUUUGUGAAUAAAACACUGUCCAGAGGAGAAUUUCCAGUAUAACACUGUAGAAAAUACAUAUAUCUAUUUAUGAUGUGUUCUCCUCUAGUGCUAAGGGCUGUUAAUCUGAACGUGUGUGUGUGUGUGUGUGUGUGUGCGGGUGCUUGGGUUUAACACAGUUAUCUUAAAGAAAAUAAGAAGCUGAUUCUUAUGUAAAAUGUAUAAAUUAUUUCUGUGUCAUUUCAGUUAGAAAAAGUAACCACGAGUUCUGUAGAGUAAGAUAUAUGUAGAUAUAUAUAAUUCAGUGAAAUA